UUGAAGGAUCGACAUGUCGCCAUGAUUAGCAUCGGCGGUGUCAUUGGUACAGGCCUGUUUCUGGGCACAGCUUCAGCCUUGCGAAACGGUGGUCCUCUGGGUCUUCUCUUGGGUUAUGUGUUCAUUGGAUCCAUAAGUUAUUGUGUCAUGAUAUCUAUUGGUGAAAUGAUUGCAUACCUCCCCAUUGCUGGAGGCCACAUCAAAUUGGCUGAGCGCUUCAUUGAUCCUGCGUUCUCAUUCGCACUGGGUUGGAAUUUCUGGUACAACUGGGUGGUUACACUACCGGCCGAACUCUCAGCCGCUGCUACCCUGAUCGAUUACUGGAAUCACAACGUCAGUAAUGGUGUGUGGAUAACAAUGUGUCUUGUUAUUGCAGUAGGAAUUAAUCUAAGCGGCGUUGGUGUAUAUGGAGAAUGUGAAUUCAUUUUCUGUUCAAUCAAAGUUGUGACCAUCACGGGCCUUAUCAUCUUGGGUAUCAUCGUUGACUUGGGCGGCGGGCCUAAUCAUGACCGCAUAGGAUUCCGUUACUGGAGAAAUCCGGGGUUGUUCGUACAGUAUGACGGCAUCUCUGGCCCGAAAGGUCGAUUCCUCGGAUGGUCUGCCGUGGUUACACAAGCAGCCUUUUCUUAUGUUGGGACAGAGGUUGUCGCUAUUGCCGCUGCUGAAGCCAAAAAUCCUCGGCGCAAUCUACCGAAGGCUGUCCGUCGAGUGUACAUUCGUAUCCUGCUUUUUUAUAUAGGCGGUGUUUUCAUCAUUGGAUUGCUCGUUCCUUCAAAUGAACCUCUUUUAAACUUGGCUGCAGAGAAUGCUUCGGCAUCACCAUUUGUCAUUGCAAUAGACCAAGCAGGUAUCAGAGGGUUGUCAUCUGUUAUUAAUGCUGCACUCCUCACUUCGGCCUGGUCCGCAGCUUCAGGUGACCUGUAUAUUAGUUCACGGGGACUUUAUGGGCUCGCUGCUUCGGGUAAUGCAUCCAAAAUAUUCUUACGCACGUCUCGCACAGGGCUCCCCUAUGUCUCUGUCAUCUUCUGCGCCAUGUUCUCGCUUCUAGCUUAUAUGGUGGUCAAUGCUAGCUCAGGCGAUGUCUUUACAUGGUUCUCGAGCAUGUGUGCGACUGCAGGCUUGACAACUUGGUUUGGAAUCGGCGUCAUCUAUAUAAGGUUCCGCAAGGGAUUCAUCUCCCAGGGGUAUGAUAGGAGUACGUUGCCUUUUUCCUCCAGAGUCCAGCCCUUUGCCGCAUGGUAUGCCAUGGUCGCCUCCUUGUUAACAUUGCUGUUUAGCGCUUGGGAGGUGUUCCUCAACGAUAGGUGGUCCACAGCAACAUUCGUCACUAACUACCUGCCGAUGAUGCUGUUUCCUUUGCUUUAUAUCGCUGCCAAGGUAUACACUAAGGUACCCUUCGUUAGAGUCGAUGAAAUGGAUUUCAAGGGUGGCUUGACUGAAAUUGAAAAUGUCACGUACGAGGAACCACCCCCAAAGCACUGGUUACAGACUGUCUGGUUCUGGAUGAUGUGACGGAGAGUUAUCAUAUUUCCGUUCUGUUAGAGACUUGUCUAUCUUUUAUCUUUUAUGUUUCAAAUAGAAGGGCUGUAGUGCGCAUGUCUCACACCUACAUGAUCAGCGAACAUCCAUGCAUAGUUCGUGGGAUCUAGAAAGAGGUUUGAAGUCUUCACAGGGUUAUGCCAUUGGUGUAUAUAGCCCAAGUCUCGCUGAUGUCACGCAAACGGGUGGUGCCGCUUUCUCUUGUCCCUAGUACGUAGAAGUCGUGCAUUGUAUACGUCACUUGACCUGCAGCCAGGAACUUGAAUCGUAAAAUU